AGGCCUUCCUGGACAGCUGGUAUGCAGCACCUCUAUGGGCAGGUUUGAAAGAGAGACGACCAGACGUCUAUUCGCAGAUGCUUGAGAAGAGGAGACAGACUCGUCCGCACUUAGCAGCACAUUCACUGCUGGGGCUCAGCCUCGCCUCCCAGCCGAACUUCCGGCCUCACUUGGGGCAACACGUUCCCUUCUGGUAUGUUUUUGGUGAGCUGGACAGCAAGUUUGCUGAGAUCGGGAAAGACUUGGCAGCAUGUUCGUCUAAGGUCCAUUCCCUUCCAUGUGGUCAUGCUGUGGUAGAAGAAUGCCCCAGAGAGGUGGCCGAUUUGCUGUUAAGCCUGGUGAAGCAAUUGCCUUCUCCAUCUGCUCCAAAGGCCAAAGUUCUCCAACUCACGGCUGCCUGGACUGAGCCCAUUCAACUCUUGCUGAAGGCACCUCUGCUGCUGUCCAGAGGCGAUUUGAUGCCGCAACGCUCCGGGGUGCUGCUGGUCUUGCAGGCGCAGGUUGAUGGUGCGAAGAUGGCUGGUUUGGGUGAGGUGACACCUCUUCCAUUGUUUCACAAGGAGACUUUAGAUGAGGCUAUAACUGAAGAAGUCCAAGGGGAAGCUCAGGCAGAAAGCCAGUUGAACUACAUCUUGGCACAGUGGAAUAGCCGACCUCCAAAGGUGCCAUUCGACCUUGGUCGAUUGGAUGGUACUUUGACCAAGUGGUUGGACCAGCAGUGUACAGGCAACCUCUUACCAUCGGUGAGAGCAGGACUUGAAAUGGCCUUGCUCCACCUCUUACGGCGAGCACCCGAAGGUUGGCGGAGGCCGCAGCGUUCAGAUGUGAGUAUCAACAGCCUGCUGGCGCGGGAUGAAGAUCUGGCCGCGGAUACCGCGCUGGUGGCCAAGUUCAAAGUGGGCAAAGAGCCAUUGGAGGAUGCCGAGCGAACCAACCAGCUGGCGAAGCUGCUGCUGGAGAAACGACCGCAGGCAUCGGCCUUGGACGGUGACGGCGAUGACUCUGUCGCUCUGCCCAUCCAACGUUUGCCGAAGCGAUUCUGCGGGGGUGGCCCGCCACCAGAAGCCAAAGAACUCGUAGCUGCAAUCUGCUUGUCGGUGCUGCAAGACGAAAAGCGUGUCACUGCAGUGCUGAACCAAUCUUGGGUGGAGACCUGGCAUGGCUGGGAAGAGUUAAAGGCGGAUGGGUCGGAUACUGUUGCCAUGAACGUCGCAGAGCGUUUGCUGCAGAUCGCUGGCGUCAAUGUAUUGGGAACCAAAAAGAAGCAUGCGCAAGAGGAAGCGAAGGGCACACGAGCGAAGAUGAAGGAGCAAGGCACGAAGACCGAGGCGAUGAGCGGAAGGGGUGGGAAGAAGCAAGUGGAACCGGCCGCGGAGUUGGAAGCCAUGGAAGUGGACGACGAUGUGGCAAGCAAUCGGCAGAAACCAUCGGAAAAAGACCCUACGGGCAAGGAUUCAAGCAGCGCCGCAGGGAAACCAGCAGCCAAGAGGCCGCUGGCUGGGGCCGUGAGUUCGCCUCGGAAAAGGUUACGCGGAAAACAGCCGGCGCCCGAACAAAGUCUAGCAAGGAACGAUGUCAAAGGAGAUGAUGCAUCGGACUGCGCCCUGGCGCUGGAUGAGUUUAUUUUACGGGCAUGGCACGCUACGCACGGAAACCCCGACCCACGAGCCCACAGUGACAUGGUGUUAGAAGCGCUGGGAAAACAGUUUCGGAAGAAACCCACGUUGCCACAUUGGAUGGCGAUCGCACCGCGAGAUGCGGCUUUCGAUUUGCCUGAUUACAUUUGUUCUUUCGAGGGAUGUAAUUUUACAUCGGACCUAGCGGAAGCGUUUGAAGACCAUAUUUGCCAGGAACAUCGCCGCGCACUGGAACCUUUGGCAUUCAAACAAGCAGCCAAGGCAAAGCUGUUGGAAGCAUACGGAGCAGGUUUAACGUGGGCAUGCCAGCAAGAUGCCCCGACGGCUCACAUUGCCAUUGAUAGGCGCUGUCUGCGGCAGUAUCGCAACUCGCAGAGCGGUGACAAGAUCGGGGCCGGCAUCUGUUUACUUUGCGCACGCCGGUUUCCGUAUGCCGACGCCAUGGGCGAGGGGGAUUGCAUACAAUGGAAACAAUUGGCGGGGAAGUCCCACUUUCUUGGCCUGUCUCUGGAAGAAACGAAACGAUGGCUGGGUUUAGACACGUAUUGGAGCACCUAUGCCAUGCAGCACGGGAAAACAGUCCGAGAACGCUUGCGAACCGAGUUGCAAGACUGGUGCGCUGACGUCGAACUUGCACCAGGAUCCGGAGCGCAGCAUGUGCGGGAAGCGGUGACUGGACAAGCAUAUAGUCAUCGGCCGUCGGACUCCGAGUGCUGGUGGCUGUCCCCAUACGAGUUCACCAUGCACUGGGAGUUGGUUCCAGCGCGCAUUCCGCAUUCCCGCGCCGAAUGGGAGGCAGCUAGUCCCGACGCCUGGGAUGUAGCACUUACCCCGGUCGGGGAACAAAAAUUGUUGCAAAGCCCGCUGCACACCGCUGCCAAAUUGAAGCCGAGCACAGAUUACCGCUUGAAAGUCCUGCGUUCCCGCGACCGCGUUUAUUUCGCAUCCGCUGCGGCCACUGCAGCACCGGCGCGACCGCAGAGAAGCUCUGGUGACUCUGGUGCAAGCACACCAUACAGUGCUUUGGAUCUGAAAGCCAUGCAGCAAGCUGCCCGGAAACGAUUCAACGCCGGACCCGCAGUUGCUUCACCCGAACCCAGUUCUGUGACAGUGCACCCGUGUCAAGCAUCCGCUGCGGCUGUGCGAACGUGGGCCGCUGCCUUGUCGCAUGCACCGUGCAACCCGGAGCAGCGAGCUUUUUGCGAGCUAGUCGCCGCACGCGUGGAAACCGAACUGGCAGCCGGCACCAAGGGCUACGUCGUCGGUUGGUCCACGAUUGCCAAUGAGACGCCUGCGCCGGAAG